AUUUCGAGCACGCAAGCUGGUGCCUAGUUGGACUCUCCAUCCAGAUUUCAGACUCACCACUGAACUUACACUGACAGUAUCAAUCGGGAGACCGCCGUCCACACAUUAAGGAUGGAGAGGGUACAAUUUCAACAGGAGCAGAUGCUCGCAGAGCUCAAGGAUCUUGUGCAAAAAGGUUUGUUCACCCAAUCUGAGGUUAAGCAGAUCGUGAAGAAACGUACACAGUUCGAAACCGCACUCGUCCGCCGCAUCCCGAAAAAGAGUGACUUCCUGCGAUACGCGGCGUAUGAGAUGAAUCUGGAACAGCUGAGGCGAAAACGUGUGGAGAGACUGAAAAUAGAAAAGACCGCACCGUCAAUAUCAGAUUACGCUCUCGUUCGCAGGCAAUUCCAGAUAUUUGAACGUGCUCUUAAGAAAUUCAAAUCGGACGUAGGAUUAUGGACACAAUAUAUCGAAGUUGCAAAGCGGGAGGGGGCCCGUUCACUAGUGGGGCGCAUAACAGCUAGAGCCCUCCAGCUCCAUCCAAGAACCCCUGCAUUGUAUAUCAUUGCCGCCUCUCACGAACUUAACCAUAUGUCCCCUUCCGCGGCACGCGCCCUCCUUCAGCGUGGUCUUCGACUCAAUGCGGACAGCGUCGAUAUGUGGAGAGAAUACGUGCGAAUGGAAAUGGGUUUCGUCGAGGGGAUGAGACGAAGGUGGACUGUACUGGGAAUUCAUGAGGAAGAUCACCCUAUUGCUGAGGCGGAGACAACUACCGAGGAAGAUAUGGCGCCACUAACCCCAGAAGAGAUAGCAGCUGAGAAAGGAGGUGACGAAGGCGAGAAGGCACGGCAAGCCAUUAUUGAUGGUGCUAUCGUCAAGUCCGUGAUUUCGAGUGCUGCAAAAGCUCUGCCCAGUAUAAAUUUAUUUUCAGCUCUCGAGGUCCUAAUCCGUUCGUAUCCCAGCCAAGAGCGCCUUCGCACAGCCCUUCUUGAUCACCUAUAUAGUGUUCUCAAAGUCACAUUACCAGAUGACCCUCAGGCUGUGAAAAUGCUGGCGACAAGAAGACUUCGAGAACUUGCAUCUCAGGAAAAUAGUGAUAAUUCUGUCGUGGCCGAAGGUGAAGAAUUCGUUGACGCCCUUCAAGCUGCAAACGAGUCUUUCUCCGCGGCUGUUGGCACCGGGAGCCCGAACGCCUCCGGCAUGGCUGAUAUCUAUGUUGAGUUUAUAGAGGAGUGGUGCAAACUGCCCACACUGGAUCCGAAUUUACGUGCAUAUCUUGUAGCUUCCCUCCGAAAACUUGCCCGGCAGCCGAACGCGCACCCUUUGCUGCAGGCCGCACACACCCAUCUGAUAUCUCCUUCCAAGAAGGCUCUCUAAUUUCCACAUAGCUAUCCCACAACAUAAAAUCAUCGAUGCGCUUUGGUCCAAGUGGCACCGUAACGAGGAUCUGAUCGGUAUACAUUUAUGGAGAGGAUAUUCGAGACCGGGAGACUAUGGAAAGCAGGAGUCAGUCCAACGAGAAUGACCAGCUUCGACCAAGUUCCCUCUGCAACCUAGCUCGUGGUGCGUUUGGUAAUUGACGUAAAUCACUGCGGGUCGCUCGUAGCUCAGUUGAACGGUGUCGCACUAGUUCGUAGGUGAAUCAUCUAUUUUUGCCAAUGUGUAGGAGUCGUUGCGGAUGGAAGCAGUGGUAUGUAGCCACAAAUGACAAACAGCGAUACCAGACAAACAUCGAGUUGACUGAUCG